UAAUAUUUAUUUAAUUGCACAUCGAAUCGAGAGUUAUAAAGAUAACUACAGGUGAUUUUAUCAACUUGAUACUAAACUUGUAAUUCAAAUGUGUCAGCGAUUGUGUUGAGAUGCGUUUACUUUUUCUAUUCAUCACUGUUUACUCAACGUCAGCCGAAUUUAAUGACGAUUCGGUAGAAAAAACAGAGGAAUUUGGUACAGAACUAGGUGAACGAAUAUUUGGUUUUGCAGAAAGUACGCAAGGAUGUUCAAGGCCACCAAAAACUCAAAUCGAAAUACUCAUUGGUGAUACAUUUUAUUUACUUUGCAAGCAUUUUGAUCCACAAACAAGAGAUCGAAUUAUUAAAACUGUCAGUUUAUCAAAUUCUGAUGAUGAAAAUGAUGAAAAUUCAUCGGAAAUUUUCGAUAAUUGUUUGGAAAUAAUGAAACCUGAAUUUAUGUCAUGUUUCAAAUGGGUUUUUGAUGCUUACGAUUUGGCUGGCAUUGAAAGUCCUCCAGAAUGUCUUAAAAAUUUGGCAAUAUUUCCUAAUAAUAAUUUAAAACUAUUUUGGCUUAAAAAAUUUAAUUUGGUAAUUAAAUAUAUUGAGCAAAUUAUUAUUGGCUACAAAAAAUUCAAUCCAGCUCGCGAAAUUAUUGAAAAAUAUUUAGAGCAAGGAAUUUUAAAACGAUGGAAAAAAUUCAAACUAUUUUCGUAUGCUAAAAUGAAAAUAACUGCUUGGAAUUCUUCGGAGAUAAAAGAUAAAAAUGAGAGAUUGCAUAAAAUACUUAAAGAUCCUCCAAGUCUUAUACAAAUAUGUACACUUACUAAAGAAUGGUUAGAUCGACCAACAGAUUUUAAAGCCAACAAUUGCUUACGGCAAAUAAUGGGAAAUAUUUUGAUUUUUGAACAAUUUUUACAACAACAAGGAGUAACUUUGGAAACAGAAUUUAUGGACAAUGAUGAAUUAUUACUCAUUCAUUUGUUACACAUCACUAAAAGUGUACUCGGACGUCAGCAAGUUCCAUCGCGUAGAUUUUUGUCGUCUAAAUUUAAAAAAAAAUCACCUUACGAAGCUGCCGUAAAACUUCAGGAAAUAAAAGCUGUAAAUGUUAAGUGUAUGGAUGAGUUGCGUGAAAAAUAUGACAAAGAAAAAACCGGAAAAAUAUCAAAAUUGUUGCAUGAAAAACAUUUACAACAAUGUCUUGAUAGUUUUGUAAAUAAAACAGAGUCUGCUGGAGAGUCUGCUAAAAAAAUAAUAAUGAAAACAAUUCAUGCUGACAAACAAGAAGAUGUAACUCAUGCUGAAAAAAAAUUAAUAAAAUCAGUGAUGCUUUCGUACAGAAGACUGAAACCACUUCAACCGACAAUUGACAAUAUUGUCGAACAAGGUAUUUCAAAUGAUAUAUCACGUUACCCAUGGGCAAAUAAUGUUAUAAAUAAUUAUCAAAAAUCAACGAUACCAAAUAAAUAUGCUAAAUUGGAAAAUGCCGUUCGUUCAUCCAGUUAUAGUAUGUCAUCAAGUACUUCGUGUAAAAAAAUACCUGGUAUGAGAAAAAAUAACUGUUGGUCUAAUUACAUUCAGCAAAACGCCAUAGUAGAAAAUAAAUUAAACAAAGAUGGAAUAAGUUUGGAGUAUCUUUAUUUGGGUGAUCCCUUCAAGAUGAACUUGAUUUAUUCAAUUGAUCAAUCGCUAAAGAAAAAAGAACGCGGACGAGGUAGAAUUAUUUCUCAAUAUCGUAUUGCAUUGGAUCCAGAAGUUCAAGUUGAUGGUAAAUUAUUGGAUUCUUUGGCUGAGGAUCAAUUUGAUGGUCCCGAUGAUUUUAAAAAUACAACUGAUAUUGAGUUAUUGAUAAAUGACGAGGAUAAUAAAGACAAUGAUGAUCUAGAAGCAGUAAAAGCUCGAGGAUUAUGGGAUCCCUUUGCUAGUAUUUAAUGAUAUUACUAUUAUUAUCUCUUGCAUACAUACUGUUAUUAAAAGAAAAAACAUUCAAUAA